CGGGUUCUUCGAUCCGUCAUUCUGCUCGCUAUUUCUUGGAGCUCUGCAUAAGCAGACACUAAUGUUGUCGUGUUUCUCAGACCACCGAAGCUUGUGCAGAGCCCCAACAAUUCCUUUCCUCUUUUUGUUACUCUUCUACCUCUUCAACAUUUCCAUUUCUUGCUCUGAUGGCACCUGCCAGCUUUUGGAGUCGUGUUCCGCCUCGACUGACUGUGGUCGGAGUCUGUAUUGUGGAAACUGCCCUGCUUUAGGCAAGACCCAACCCAUCUGUACCAGAGGCCAGGCGACCAUACCCACUGCCUUUAUUGGUGGGUUGCCUUUCAACAAAUAUUCUUGGCUGGUAACACAUAAUUCCUUCAGUAUUGUGGAUGCACCACCAUUGCCUGGCGUUCAGAGGCUGACAUUUUACAAUCAAGAGGACACGGUUACAAAUCAGUUACUGAAUGGAGUGAGAGGGCUGAUGUUGGAUAUGUACGAUUUUGAAGCUGAUAUCUGGCUCUGCCAUUCAUUUAGGGGGCAAUGUUUCAACUUCACUGCCUUUCAACCUGCGAUUAACACGUUGAAGGAAGUUGAAUCUUUCUUGAGUCAGAAUCCAACAGAGAUUGUCACCAUUAUAAUUGAAGACUAUGUGCAUGCACCAAAAGGAUUGACUAAGCUGUUUGCUAAUGCUGGUCUGGACAAGUACUGGUUUCCUGUGUCCAAGAUGCCAAAAAAAGGUGAAGAUUGGCCCACUGUGAAUGAGAUGGUGCAAGCAAAUCACCGCUUACUGGUUUUCACUUCUGUUGCUUCAAAGGAAGCAGAGGAAGGAAUUGCUUAUCAAUGGAAGUACAUGGUGGAAAAUGAGGCUGGAGAUCCUGGUGUGAAACCAGGCUCAUGCCCGAACAGGAAAGAAUCAAAGCCACUGAAUUCAAGAAGUGCCUCUCUUUUCUUAAUGAAUUACUUCCCAACAUAUCCAGUUGAAAAUGAAGCUUGCAAAGAGCAUUCAACACCACUUGCUGAGAUGGUUGGCACCUGUUACAAAGCAGCAGGACAUGUAAUGCCCAAUUUUGUGGCAGUCAACUAUUACAUGAGGAGUGAUGGAGGAGGUGUUUUUGAUGAUUUGGAUAGAAUGAAUGGCCAGACAUUAUGUGGUUGUAGUACCAUUGCUGCCUGCCAGGCAGGAGCACCUUUUGGAUCUUGCAAGAAUAUUGCUGUUCCUAGUACAAGUCCAGUAACCAAUACUCCAGGUGCAGGAAGCUUUUCUGGAUCUGUUCAGCUCUCAAGUACUGCUUCAACACUCUGUUAUACCACUCAUUUGAUCAUGUUGUUGUGUUCUUUACCACUUAUUAUGUUUUUGUUGUAGCUACAAAGUAUUAUUUUCCACAAUAGAUGUUUAGUACUAGCACCUUUAGGAGGGGCUAAUAUACUGCAUCCCCUGUUGGGUAAAAGAUUAAGGGAUGGUCAGUUACAAAGUAUUAUCGUCCACAAUAGAUGGUUAGUACUUGCACCUUUAAGAGUUACUGAUCUCAUUUUAAAAGAAGUAAAGAUUCUUCUGAUGAAGAAAAAAAUGGUUGUGCU